CCUUUCCACUGUGCCUGCAACCUGGUCAGGGAGGAAGUAAGGACUGGUGUCAGGAGAGAGCUGCUAGGAUGGACAGUUCUCAUGCUACAAGGACCUGUGUGUUCAUCCUUCUUGUGGCCCUACUGUGUGCAGAAAGAGCUCAGGGGCUGGAGUGCUACUGUUGCCUGGGGGUCCCACUUGAGACUUCCUGCAAAUCAAUGACCUGCCCCUACUCUGAUGGAUUCUGUGUUACUCAGGAAGAAGAAGUUAUUGUGGACUCUCACACAAUCAAAGUAAAGAGCAAUCUCUGCCUUCCCAUCUGCCCUACUAAUCCUGAAAAUACCGAGUUCCUGGGUACUGCUGUCAAUGUGAAGACUUCCUGUUGCAAGGAAGACCUCUGCAAUGCAGCAGUUCUCACUGAAGGCAGCACCUGGACCAUGGCAGGGGUAAUUCUGUUCAGCCUGGGCUCAGUCCACCUACAGACCUUGCUGUGAUGGUACAUCCAACAAACCCUACCCUUGUCCUUUUAUCAUUAUGUUUCGGGGUAGUGUGAGGGACAUCUUGUUUCAUCUUUAUAGCCCCUGAAGUGUAGAUACCCCACUCCUUGCUAGGUCUUUCAGAUCUGUACUUCCUGUAAUGUUAUUUUUCUGUGGCUUGCUGCUCUUGACCCUGGAGGCAUGUGGCUAGCACAUGGAAGAGGCAGAUUCCAAGGUAUUGUUCCAUCACCAUCCACAUAUAAGAAUCUGGGGUUAUCCAGGGUUCCUAUGUGUGCUGCUCAAUGUCCCACUGUUGAGUCCAAUAAACCAUUGAUUCUCCUA